AAGAGCUCAGUGUUUCAAUGUAUGCACAUUUGAUUUUUUUUUUUUUUGUUGAAGUUAAUUUUUGCCCUGUAAUUUGGAAGAUACAAUGGGCAAUCGUUUUCUCUUCAGAGUUGAAAACCAGCUGUGUUAUCUGCUGUUAGCCUCUAAUUGUGCUCUUGUUACUAAAGACUAAUCAGAUUCGGGGCAAUGUACAGUUGCCACGUUGGAAACAAUCACCCAGCCCGUAAACAUUGACACAGUGGAUUCUUGCUGCUGAAGUAAAUGGUUCAUGGUUAAGGUAAGAUUACUAUUGAUUAAACGCGGUGAUUCUGUUGUGGUCGUGUACAGCUGCUGUGCUUUAUUACCAUCUUCAAGUGAUUCUGACUGAAUAUAAGCCGACCGUUGAAAGUCGUGGGAAGAUAAUUGUCAAAUGAACGGUUAUUGUGUUUCUUAAUAAAUGGUUGCCUGACCUGUUUGCAGGAUUAUAGCGUGACAUUUUGAACUCAAAUCAAUUUUCUAAACCAGAGUUCAGCAUCUUUUUAACUUGGGGAUUUCUAAAUUGCGUUGAUGUUAAUGGCUAUAAAUUACACAACCCCAGAGAUUUUCAGCAGUGGUUUUAUGAAGACGAUAUGCAAUUAUGUGUUUGAUUUGCCUGCGUCAUGCCACAGAUUUCAAAGAUUGUUCCUGUUGUUUAUUUCAAGUCUGCCUGUGCAUCUGAUUAAGAUACAUUUUUCAUUUAAUGACAUGAUUUGAGUCUUGUUGCCAUGGAACAAAAUUCUGGGAUGCACAUUUCAGUCAGUUGAACGUUUGCCGAGUUCAUGAGAAUGUAAACGUCUCUGACAAAAUAAGAACUUUGGGUGGUGGGUGUGGAACGAACUGGCAGAGGAGGUCGUCGAGGCAGGUACAAUCGCAACGUUUAAGAAACAUUUAGACAGGUAUAUGGAUAGGCCAAGUUAAUGGAAUAUGGGCCAAAUGCAGGUAGGUGGGACUAGUGUAGAUGGGAUAUGUUGGCCGGUGUUGGCUGAAGGGCCCCUUUCUUCCCCGUAAGACUAUGACUCAAUGAUAGCAGGCACGGGAUAACAAAUUUAGAACUGCUUGAACUACUGGGUGGAUCCUGACUUAAAAAGAAUAUCACUCAUUUAGAGAUUUAGUUAAGAAAUACAGCGUGGAUGAAAGAAUAGUUAAAGGGGGGGGAUUGAAGUGAACGAUCUGACAGUUGGCAUAAACCUUUAGUUUAGUUUAGAGAUAUAGCAUGGAAACAGGUCUUUCUGGGAUGAAACUGGAGCUCCUGGAGAAAACCCAUGCCUUCACAGGGAGAAUGUGCAAACUCCGUACAGACAGCACCCGGCGGCACUGUGACGCAGCGAUAGCGUUGCUGUAGCAGAGCGCCAGAAACCGGGUUCGAUCCUGACUACGGGCGCUGUCUGUAUAGUGUAUGCAUGUUCUCCCUGUGACCAUGGGUGCUCCAGUUUCCUCCCACACUCCAAAGAUGCACAGGUUUGUUGGUUAAUUGGCUUCUGUAAAUUGUUCCGAGUGUGUAGGAUAGAGCUAGGGUACGGGAUGAUUUCUGGUCACCUCAAACCACCGUCAUCUGCAGUGGGAGUCCCACAGUGACGCUUUCACUGUAAUUUUUGUUUAUCCUCAAUAAGGAGCUUUUAUUCAAUUAAUCGCAGAUGGCGAGUCCUGGAAAGAUCAAAACUGCCCAAUCAAGCAAUGAUCAAAUUAAAAUGUUGUUAUCCGUUUCCACAAUGCACUUGACACACACACACACACGCACGCACAUAACAUUAAAAAAAAACUUGAAUGGGUUCAAGAUGCCUAAAACAUGGCGACUCUUGUGUACAGACUCAGUGUGAUCGACUAAACUACACUCUUAUACAGAUUAUGAUUGUGCCUAAUGUAUUGUACGAUUGUCACUGAACUGUAUGCAAAAAAAUAAUGUUACUGUACUUAGGUACAUGUGGCAACAGAGUAGAAAUGAACUAUUGAACAUGGCCAUUGCUGGUGUAAUGUUCUAAUGCACCUUAUGGGUGGAUUAGAUGACUAAUUUGUUACUGACUUUUAUUUCACUUCAGACUGGAUCUACAAAAUGGGCUGUAAAAACGUUUCACCCUUGGGAAUAGGUUGCACCAUCCUGUUUGUCCUCAUGACGGCAGUGGCUGUGACCAUCAUUGCCGUUUUCUUCACCAUAGAAAUAUCAAGAGCAGAGGAGGAUUCAACACCACCUGAAGAGCGAUCGUACUAUUAUCAGAUUGGUGUUGGGCGGGCUGACUGCACUGGUCCAAUUGCUAACCUCCCUUUGAUGGGUUAUGCUAAUCCAGACCAGACUGCUGCAGGACUCCACACCCGACUCUACAGUCGAGCGUUUAUCGUAGCAGACCCCAGCACUUCAAAGAGAGUGGUCUUUGUCAGCACUGACAUUGCAAUGGUAUCUCAGAAGCUCAGACUGGAGGUUAUGAAAUUACUGAAGAGAAAGUACGGAAGCCUUUACAGACAAGACAACGUUGUUUUGAGUGGGACCCACACCCAUUCUGGACCUGCGGGAUAUUUUCAGUAUACACUCUGCCUCAUCACCAGCAAAGGCUACAUCAAACCAUCUAUUAACGCCCUAAUCAAUGGUAUUGUAAAGAGCAUUGAUAUCGCUCACAAGAACAUGAAGCCGGGAAAGAUACUUGUGAACAAGGGUGAAGUCGAAGGCAGCAACAUAAACAGGAGUCCAUACUCUUACCUGCAGAACCCGAAAGAAGAACGAGCCAGGUACAAAUCAAAUACAGACCAAGAAUUAGUCCUUCUCAAAAUGGUGGAUCUGGAUGGGCAAGGCAUCGGGACACUCAGCUGGUUUGCUGUUCACCCAGUCAGCAUGAACAACACUAACCAUCUGGUGAGCAGUGACAACAUGGGAUAUGCUUCAUACCUCUUUGAGCAGGAGAAGAAUGCAGGCUUUUUACCCGGGAAGGGACCUUUUGUGGCAGCUUUUGCUUCUUCCAACCUGGGGGACGUUUCCUCAAACACCCAGGGCCCCCACUGUGUCAACACUGGCGAAUCGUGCGACAAUCCUGACAGCACCUGUCCCAUCGGCGGGCCUUCGAUGUGUAUGUCAUCUGGCCCUGGGAGAGAUAUGUUUGACAGCACUGCGAUUAUUGGCCGCAGCAUCUACAACAAGGCAAAGGAGUUAUCCAGAACAGCCACGAGAGAAAUCAAAGGCCCCAUCAACUUUGCACAUCAAUGGGUUAACAUGACUGAUGUUACGAUUCAGUUCAAUUCCACGCAUAAAGGUCACACUUGUAAACCUGCCCUUGGCUACAGCUUCGCUGCUGGUACAACUGAUGGAGUGGGUGCUUUUAAUUUUACACAGGGAACGGUCGAAGGGGAUCCAUUUUGGGAUUCCAUCCGUGACGUGCUACUGGGAAAACCCUCCAAUGAAACGCAAGAUUGUCACCUCCCCAAACCAAUACUUUUCAACACAGGCGAGAUGACUAAACCAGUCCCUUGGCACCCGGAAAUUGUGGACGUGCAAAUUCUCACCAUCGGCAUGUUGGCGAUAGUUGCUGUUCCCGGAGAGUUCACGACGAUGUCUGGAAGAAGACUGAGAGAAACGGUGAAGCGUGAGCUUGAAUCCAGUGGAUCUUUGAAAGACUUCGAUGUGGUGGUUGCUGGCCUAUGUAACGUGUACACACAUUAUAUCACCACUUAUGAAGAAUACCAGGUUCAACGCUAUGAAGCGGCAUCAACCAUAUACGGUCCCCACACUCUCUCCGCUUACAUACAGUCGUUCAGAGGCUUGGCUAAGGCCAUAGCUGAGAAUUCUGUUGAUCAGUUGCCCAAAGGCCCCGAACCACCCAAUUUCCCGGACAAGAAGCUGAUCUCCUUGCUGCUUCCUAACCCCGUUGAUAAGAAGCCGAAGAACACAACGUUUGGUGAUGUAGUUAUAGAUGCACAUGCUGCGUACAAGCCGGGAGAUAUUGCAGAAGUGACUUUUAUUAGCGGCAAUCCCAGGAACUCGGUUGGUUUCAUGGCUGGUGGAACAUUUCUGACAGUCGAGAAAUCUGACCAUGUGGCUGGCAGAUGGGCAGUACGGUACAAUGAUGCCUCCUGGGACACACGGUUGUACUGGAACAAAGGUCCAAGAGGUCACAGCAAUGUCACGGUGUCCUGGCACAUCCCGUAUUCCGUGGAGAUUGGAACAUACAGAAUCCGCCAUUUUGGUCAUUUUAAGACCUUACAAUUUCUAAAGCCAAUCUUCAAUCCUUAUAACGGCUCCUCCACAACCUUCCAAGUGACAAGUUGAAGUUCCUGAAUCACAAAAUCGUUUAAAUCGCAGAAGAUUUUUCAAAGCCCCUUGAUUACAGUGUGGGAGGACAGUCAAUUAAUAUAUAAUUCUGCCUAUUUAGAUUAUUUGCUUUUGGAUGUCGUUUAGUUUAGUU